UUGAACGGACAGGAUGUGCCAUGUAGAUUUCCCUAACAUCUCUCUCGCAGAGAUCUGUGUAUCAAUCAUCAUCACUUUCAAGUCCAACUGUCCAAGAGCUGAAGCAGCUCGGUGCAGACAUGCAGUGGCAGUUCUAGUUUCAUCUGCGCAAUCGAAUCAAACCGGACCGACCACCAUGUCUCUAUCUUUCAGGCUCACUCCUACUUUCUCACCUCCGCCACCAUCUCGUCUCAGAUUCACCCUCCUCUCUCGAUCCAACCUCAACCCAUCAUCAAUCCGCUCGCCCUCUCCCUCAAAGUUCACACAUUUAUCCCCAAUCCGAUGCGUGAACGGAGGCUCCGACCACGUGUCGGAGAUCCGAGCGAGACCCAGAUGGGAAAACGCGCUCUCUGCUGCGGCGAGCCUGUACCCUCUUUACGUGAGCGUCGGAGGGGUCGUGGCUUGCCUCAAGCCCUCUGCUUUUCAGUGGUUUGUGCAGGGAGGUCCGAACUCGUAUAGCUUGUCGCUUGGGCUGAUUAUGUUGGCCAUGGGUCUCACUCUCGAGCUCAAGGACUUGUUCUCUCUCUUCCUGCGGAGACCUCUCGCGAUACUCUUUGGAUGUGUGGCUCAAUAUACUAUUAUGCCAGCUCUCGGGACCUUAAUAGGUAGAUUACUGGGGCUUCCACCUUCUCUUUCGGUGGGUUUGAUAUUGCUUGCUUGUUGCCCUGGGGGUACUGCUUCCAAUGUGGUUACUUUAAUUGCUCAGGGGGAUGUUCCUCUAUCUAUCGUGAUGACAGUUUGCACCACUCUUGGAGCAGUACUUCUGACUCCUCUGCUGACGAAGAUAUUGGCCGGAACUUAUGUUCCUGUUGAUGCCAUUAAACUUUCCAUCAGCACCUUGCAGGUGGUAGUUGCUCCAAUUCUCUUAGGAUCUUACUUUCAAAGUGCAUUUCCUGGAGUGGUGAAGGUUGUGACUCCUUUUGCACCACUUUUUGCAGUUUUGGCAUGUUCUCUACUAGCAUGCAGUGUAUUCUCGGAAAAUGUGGUCCGACUCAAGUCUUCAUUGCUUGGUGCUUCAUCAGGCCGUGAUCUCUCCAUGUUUGCUCAUGUUCAGGCAAUAGUAUCUGGUGAACUAGGGUUGGUAAUACUUUCUGUGCUACUACUGCAUUCUGCUGGUUUUUUUGUGGGGUACAUAUUGUCAGCAAUUUGCGGGUUCAAAGAACCACAAAGGCGAGCGAUAUCUAUUGAGGUGGGUAUGCAGAACUCUUCAUUGGGCGUGGUUUUAGCAACCUCCCAUUUCACCUCACCUUUGGUUGCGCUACCUCCGGCCAUGUCUGCGGUUAUCAUGAAUAUCAUGGGAAGCAGUUUAGGCUUCAUCUGGAGAUAUAUUGAUCCAUCUGAUCAGACAACUACUCCUCAAAUAAUUGACUAACUCAAAGUUGGUGCAAAAAAAGAAGAAGAAGGAGAUAUGCAUUAUUGGUUAUAUGACGACCCAUAGGUCCACAAAUUAUUCGUAUACUGAUUCUUGCUUACAUCGGACCGAAUGACUUUCAUCAACAAGUUUAUGUGCAAGUUUCAGGAUGUAAUCUCUUCCGAAGUGGAAAUGGAAGUUAGAUGAACGAUGUAGAAUUGGUUCUUUGUGAGUGUGAGUAUGGCUAAUUAUUUCUCC